AUGGCUUCCCAGACGCCCGUGGGUUCCUAUUCGAACCCACUGAAGAAGUUUAAAUUAGUAUUCCUCGGAGAGCAAAGUGUCGGAAAAACUUCUCUCAUUACACGAUUUAUGUACGAUUCAUUCGAUAAUACGUACCAGGCCACAAUUGGAAUCGAUUUCCUUUCAAAGACUAUGUACCUUGAAGAUCGAACAGUGCGCUUGCAGCUAUGGGACACAGCCGGUCAGGAGCGAUUCCGAUCCCUCAUUCCUUCGUAUAUCCGUGACUCCAGCGUGGCCGUUGUUGUUUACGACAUCUCCAAUGCGAAAUCUUUCCAGAACACAAAGAAAUGGGUCGACGAUGUUCGAGGGGAGCGAGGCAAUGAUGUGAUCAUCGUGCUUGUUGGAAAUAAGACCGAUCUGAACGACAAACGGGAGGUCACCACAGCACAGGGCGAGGAGGAAGCCAAGAAGAAUGGGCUCAUGUUUAUUGAGACUAGUGCAAAAGUUGGACACAACGUGAAGCAGCUGUUUAGGAGGAUAGCCCAGGCACUCCCAGGCAUGGAAGGCGAGGCACAGCGAGGCGAGAACCAAAUGAUUGAUGUCAACAUUAACCCAUCCCAACCAACCAAUAACGACGGGUGCGCCUGCUGA